GAGGGAGCCCUUGGGUUACGGAAAGAGGCAGGCAGCCGCCCCAAGGAGGAGGAAGAGAGGGAGGCGCCGCCUGAGGCCAGGGAGAGAGACUCUGCGUGGCGGCUGCUGCUGCUUCUAUUGAGAGCGAAGGAAGCCGGGUCUCCCUCAAAACACUAUCUGGAGAAAUAACUAUGGCGGACAUAAACCAUAUUUUGAAUUCACAACAGACAUUCACAGAUGCAAGAAAAUCAUCCAGUUCUGAAGGGGAGAGCAUACCUGUUAGUAAAUCUGUGGAUUCUGUGAUAGAAGCAGAUGAAAGUUAUAGAAUGGACCAUCCAGAAAUGGGGCUAUGUAUUUUAGUCAACAAUAAAAACUUCCAUCCAGCUACUGGGAUGAGUUAUCGAUCUGGUACAGACAGAGAUGCUGCACACGUUGUAGACACUUUCAGGACCUUGGGAUAUAUGGUCAAGCCUUAUAACGAUCUUACGUGCAAACAGAUUGUUGAUGUCCUUCAUAAUGUUUCCAAGGAUGAUCACCACAAGAGGAACAGUUUUGUCUGUGUCUUGUUAAGCCAUGGGGAAGAUGGGCUGAUCUAUGGUACAGAUGGCCAUGUGGAGCUGAAAAUGUUAACUAGUUUCUUCAGAGGAGACAAAUGCAAGUCUUUGGCAGGAAAGCCAAAGCUCUUCUUUAUUCAGGCUUGUAGAGGAACAGAACUUGAUUCUGGUAUUGAAACAGACAGCGCCUCUGAUGAAAGCAUGUGCCAGAAAAUACCAGUAGAAGCAGACUACCUGUAUGCAUAUUCUACCGCUCCUGGUUAUUACUCUUGGAGGAACUCAUCAGACGGGUCUUGGUUCAUACAAUCUCUGUGUUCGAUGCUGAAACAAUAUUCCCAUAAGCUUGAACUUAUGCAGAUCCUAACACGUGUCAAUCGCAAAGUUACAGAAUUCACGUCUUGCUCCAAUCAUCCAGAUUUCCAUGGGAAGAAGCAAAUCCCCUGCAUUAUGUCUAUGCUCACAAAAGAUUUUUACUUUCCUCACUAGAGAUUCCUCUCUUGUCAUCUGCAGACAGGCUAAAAAAAGUUGCCUUUGAGGCUAUUUUAAACUCUGAGUAGUGUUCAGUCACAGGUGCCUCAGUUGCAUUAAAUUAAAAUCUGUGGAGAGAAACAUUUCCAUCUCCAGAAUAGUUGGAUAACUUGAUAGUUCAGAAGCAUUGCUUUGGGAGAAGGAAACACUGUGGACUUUCAGCAGUUCUCUGACUCAGAGAUAUUAAAGGUUCAGGCCAAACAACUGAUUUAUUCAGACAAUAAGAAGUUAAUAAGGCAUAUUGAGUGUGCCCUAUUAAAGAGUCAGAAAAUCACUAGUGGUCUUUAGGUGUCCCUUUCCCCAAACCAACCCUUGGAAACAAUCACAGCAGACUAUAGCGCAAUAAUGUGGCAUUUUCAAAACAGGUUUCUUAAUUGGGUUAAUUCAAGAUUGGACUGUACUCGUAUUUAUUUUGCAAUUGUGUGUUUAUGCCAACAUUAACUUUUCCCAAAUCAGUGUAUUUUGGAUUGGAUUAUUAGCAUCAUUACAAAGGAACCAUGUUAAAAAUGGGAACAAGGAUUAAAUGGUUUGCUAAUAAAUAGGAGUCUAAAUAAAGUGCUUCCUUGUUUUGUGGAAACAUUUUGGCCGCUUUAAUAUACCAUCUCUACUAAAUUUUGUAUCUCGGAGGUUUUGUAUCUUAAAUUUAAUAAAUGAAAAAUGGUGCUUGGAACUUCGUUCCUAACUAGAUGCAAGGCCUAUCUAGCUUUGUAUUUUGCAAUUACAUUUCAGUUUAGUCUUACAGGAUUGUGCAUGUAGUAGUUGUAGUAGUAAUUUGUGCAUUGAUGAUAAAUGUAGUCUACUUUGUCAUUGAGUUGCUGUGAGUUUUCUUAGCUAGUACUAAGUAGUUUUUUAUUUAUAGAGUGUGAGGCACAUGGAAAAAUGCAGGUCCCAUUUUCCUGAUUUUGAUUUUUGCAUGAGAAGUAUAAUGUUUAAAAAUAGAAAAUAAAUUAUAGUGGAAGAGAAUCUCAACUCCGUAAUGUAUAAAAAUAUUUGGACCCCCCCCCCCCCCCCGAGCAUGCUGAAUGAAAACAAUCUGAGGUUACAUGUAUUUAGGAUCAUGAACUACAUUUUCUACACAUUCUUGAAAUCUACAGCUAGAACAUCCCAAUUAAAGGACUGUCCAGCCUCUGCUUAAAGAUUUCCAGUAUAUUUGAUCGAACAGCAUAUUGAACUGUUGGUGUUUACUUGUGUAGACUGCCUUUAAAUCCAGGCAUGGAGUCCUUGAGAAGAUACUGGACAGCAAUGGCCAGCAUAAGUCAAUGGCAAAGAAAGUAGGAAAUGCCAUUCUGUAAAGUUGCAUGAUUCCCAACCAUAUUGAACAUUUCACUAAAACAAGCCCUUAACAUCUAUUUGUUUACUUUGAGGCACUAGACAACAAAUCUUUGUCCUCUUUUCCAUAAGAGCCCAUCAGGGCAUUUGAAAAAUGUUUUUUGUCUCUUCCAGUCAUUCAAACAUACUCACUCCCCUUUCUCAAUUUCCCCCAAUGCCAUAGACAUUAUAAUUGCAGUCAUCUGAACCCCAUUUUGGUUUAGAUAUUUUUCUUGAAUUAGACACAUUCCAAAUGUAUAGUAUAACCGUGUUAAUUUUGAAUUCCCAAACUGGUUGAGCUCCUGCAUGAUAGGGGUAUUUAAUCUGCCUUCUGAUCUGACCCCAUAAAAGUCAGGUAGCCACACCAACCAAAGGUGCAGUGCUAGUGAGCAGAGCACUGAAGGAUCCAGCCCCCGCCCACAAAUGAGUUGUGGUAUGAUGAGCUUAGCACAAUUGCAUAUUGCACCACAACUUGCUGGUGGGAGUGUGUUGUAUAACCUUUCAACACCCUGCUCACCAACGAUCCAGAAUUUCUUUGGUUGGUAUGGCUACCUGGUUUUUAAGAUGGGUUGGGGGAGGAGCAUUUGAAAGAUGGCAAUGGCAUCUAUAAAUGAAUAGCAAGACUAUUUUACGAAAUAAACCAAUGCUUGGGAGAAACAAGGAGUUGAGUACAGCUGGGCUACCUAUGUUUCUCAAUGGAUUUGUGGCCAUUUGAAGACAUUGCAGUUGUUAAUUCUUUACACAUAGGACAACCCCAUGGAAAAACAGUUUCCACUCCAUUGUGUACUUGAAAUCAUAGUUUAUCAGCACAUGACAGAUUAAUCUUUCCAUUAUGUAUGAGACUUUAGUGCUGAUGGCCCAUAUCAGCUGCAUGGACUCCUUUUACUCUGCCAACCAACUCUCAUGCUGCCAUAGAGACACCUAGUUGGAGCAUUAAGCUGGAAGAACAGCAGCAUUCUAGCAACUGACAUAACAUGGUUAUUUAUAUAGCUAAGCAUAUAUGAAUUGGAGGCCCGGUGGCGAAGUGUGUUAAAGCACUGAGCUGCUGAACUUGCAGACCGAAAGCUUGCAGGUUCAAAUCCCAGGAGCGGAGUGAGCGCUCGCUGUGAGCACCAGCUCCUGCCAACCUAGCAGUUCGAAAACAUGCCAAUGUGAGUAGAUCAAUAGGUACCGCUCUGGCAGGAAGGUAACAGCACACCAUGCAGUCAUGCCGGCCACAUGACCUUGGAGGUGUCUACGGACAACGCUGGCUCUUCGGCUUAGAAAUGGAGAGGAGCACCAACCCCCAGAUUCAGACAUGACUGGACUUAACAUCAGGGGAAACCUUUACCUUUAAGCAUAUAUGAAUAUAUGGUCAGCUGAAAAAUUAAGUACUUGAAUGUAUGUAUGUGUGUGUUAAUUUACCAAGACACCAUUGAUCCAGUGGUUCUAGUAUACCCAAGACUAACUGGAUUUAGGCCUUGCACAUAUUUUCCUGUGUUCACAAAGAACAACAUCAGGAUUCUAAGCUAUCACUACAAUCAAAAUUCUCCAAGAAUGUCUUAGCAUAUUGAAUAUUAUUUCAUGUUUUGACCAGUUCAACUUUCAUAUAAGAGUAUCUAAUAAAUCAUGUAUCAUUUGUUUA